ACAUACAAGUACAAAACACUACCCUAAUUUCUUUCUGUCUCUCUUUAGUCUUUCUCUUUUUCUCUCUCUCCAUUCCGUGUUUUCAGCUCCGGUAACCUCUCCUUCUCCGCCGCCGUUGCUAUCUCCGCUGUGACCUUCCAUCCCUCAACGCCCCACAGAUCUUCAAUUUGAUUGCUUGGGUCAACAAUUUCUGUCAUUCUCAAUCAUGGCAACUAGACUUCAGUUUGAAAAUAAUUGUGAAGUUGGAGUCUUCUCUAAACUCACCAAUGCUUACUGUUUGGUUGCGAUUGGAGGUUCUGAAAGCUUCUACAGUGUAUUUGAAGCUGAGUUAGCAGAUGUUAUCCCUGUGGUCAAGACAUCCAUUGGUGGUACUCGUAUCAUUGGUCGUCUUUGUGCUGGAAACAAGAAUGGGCUUCUCUUGCCCCAUACCACCACAGACCAAGAGCUUCAACAAUUGAGAAACAGUCUACCUGAUCAAGUUGUUGUUCAGCGAAUAGAUGAAAGAUUAUCUGCUCUGGGAAAUUGUAUCGCAUGUAAUGACCAUGUGGCCCUCACACACACUGAUCUUGACAGGGAGACUGAAGAGAUGAUUGCAGAUGUUCUUGGAGUAGAAGUUUUCAGGCAGACCAUUGCUGGUAAUAUUCUUGUUGGUAGUUACUGUGCCUUCUCCAACAGAGGUGGCUUGGUUCACCCUCAUACUUCCAUAGAAGACUUGGAUGAACUUUCUACACUUCUUCAGGUUCCUUUGGUGGCUGGGACCGUGAACCGGGGUAGUGAAGUAAUAGCGGCUGGAAUGACAGUUAAUGAUUGGACCGCAUUUUGUGGUUCCGACACCACCGCAACGGAGCUAUCUGUGAUUGAGAGUGUUUUCAAGCUGAGAGAAGCACAGCCUAGUGCAAUUGUGGAUGAGAUGAGGAAAUCCCUCAUUGAUACCUAUGUCUGAACUGUGGUAGUAAUAGUGUUUUGUUUUGUGCAAUAUAUUGCACUGCUGAUUGUUAAGAUUUUCUAAUUUAAGUUUUGGUGAUAGUUUGUCUUUUGUAAUGUGGGCAUAUAUAUUCCCAUCGUGUUGUACUCUUUCCGUUAAUUGUGAUAUCAUAUAAUAUCAUGUGCUGAUUUGUGUGACCAACACAAACAAAUCAAAUUUAUGUAGGGGUUUUCUUGCGUUCCA